CCCCACACCGUCGUCUAACUUCAAUUACUUGCAGUCAGGAACAGAUAUUAACAUGUCCAGUGAACAGAAUAAGAAGGCGCUCAACUUACUCUUCCAGAACCCCUUGGAACCGGUAUUCGCCACACGCGACAAUGGUAAGGCCGUACUUGAUGUGCCCGAUAGCUUCUACACGGAACAAUAUGCCGAAGUCAAGGAGGAGAUACAGAAUCGUUUUGGCGAAGAAGUAGAUGUGAAAAUACCCAUACGCGAUUUGAGAAAGAAGCCUAAUUUGGAUUUCGCUAAACCACUCACGAAACGUCGACAAUUCUCACUCUUCUACGCGCCACAUCGGCGCAUUGCCGCCCAGCUCAUACAACUGCUGCUCGAGCCCACCACCGAGGAAGAUUUCAUUGCCUUGGCUGCCUAUGUUAAGGACCGUGUCAAUGCUUUCCUCUUCCAAUAUGCCUUCUCCGUGGCUGUGCAACAUCGUAAGGAUACCAGCAACUUCCAGGUGCCCGUAAUUGUGGAACAGUUUCCACAAAACUUUGUCGAGCCAUCCGUGUUUCAGGAGGCACGCGCUGAGGGCAAGCUGGUCACAGAUCCAGGCAGUCGACGUCGUAUUGACAUUCCGCAAAACUUCACCGCCUCUGACCGCGAAGAGGAGCAACGUUUGAGCUACUUCCGUGAGGAUAUCGGCGUGAACAGCCAUCACUGGCAUUGGCAUUUAGUAUACCCCGGUUCGGGACCCGACGAAGUGGUGCGCAAAGAUCGCCGUGGUGAACUCUUCUACUACAUGCACCACCAGCUUAUGGCGCGUUACAACGUGGAACGCUUCUGCAAUGCUUUAGCGAAGCUACAACCAUUGAACAAUAUACGCGAACCUGUUGAGGAAGGUUAUUUCCCGAAAAUUCUGUGCAGUCUUAAUAGUCGCACCUAUCCGGGACGCGUUGCCAAAACGUCUUUGAAGGAUAUCGAUCGCGAUGGACGUGUACUGGAAUUAGCUGACAUUGAACGAUGGAUCAAUCGCGUAGUGCAAAGUAUYGAYCAGGGUUAUGUAACUGAUGCAAGAGGCAACAACAUACCACUGGACGAAAUCAAGGGUAUCGAUAUACUCGGCGAUCUAAUUGAGUCGAGCGAUCUCUCUGUCAACCCUGGUUUCUAUGGCGAUCUUCACAAUCAGGGCCACAAUGUCAUUUCMUUCUCACACGAUCCAGAUAAUCGUUUCUUAGAAGACUUCGGUGUUAUGGGCGAUGUYACAACCGCUAUGCGUGAUCCUAUCUUCUACCGCUGGCACGGCUACUUGGAUGUACUCUUCAAUCGUUUCAAGGAGAAGUUGCCUGUGUAUAGCGCACCUGAUCUCGGUUAUGAUGGCGUGACAGUGACACGUGCAGAUGUUCGCAUCAUUAGCGCAACAAAGAACAUCAUAAACACGCUGCUCACCUAUUGGGAAAAAUCUGAUGUGGAUUUGGCCGCUGGUCUAGAUUUCGGACCGGGAGGCAGUGUUUAUGCAUUGUUCACACAUUUGCAGCAUUCUCCUUUCGAGUACUUGAUCGAAGUGAAUAACGAUAGUGGUACACCCAAGCGUGGAACUUGUCGUAUUUUCUUAUGCCCCAUCACCGACGAGCGUGGCACACCAUUGACUUUGAAUGAACAGCGUCAGCUGGCCAUUGAAUUGGACAAGUUCAACGUUAAUUUAAUGCCUGGUCCAAACAAAAUCAACCAAUCUUACUCUAACUCCAGUGUAACCAUACCUUAUGAACGUUCCUUCCGCCGCAUCGGUGGCGACCACUUGCCCACCGAUCCACAAAAAUUGGCUGAAUUCCGGUUCUGCGGCUGCGGUUGGCCUGCGCAUAUGUUAYUACCGAAGGGUAAACCCCAGGGUAUGCCAUUCGAACUUUUUGUCAUGAUUUCAGACUACGAAGGCGACGCAGUGUUGCAGAAGAAUAACGCUCCUGAUGUCUGCGGCGAUGCUGCUUCAUUCUGCGGCCUUAAGGACAAAUUAUAUCCGGACAAGCGUGCUAUGGGCUAYCCAUUCGACAGGCGCCUACCGGCUGACAAUUUGACUGCACUGACUGAGAACUUCAGCAACAUGAAGAAGACACCUAUCAAGAUAAUUUUCAACGAUGAGGUUAUCGACAGGAAACGUAAUUAGAAGCCUAUGAGAAGCACUCAUAUAGCGCUUUAAUAGUUUCUAAAAUAYCUUGUGGUCAGUUAUAAUUAAGGUUAUACAAAACGUCAUAUAAAUCCCUGCUUUAUUCCCAUUUACCCAAUAAAUUAAGAUAAAAGUUAUUAGCAAAUUA